CAAGAGAUGCUUACUUAUAAAUCUGAUCAUAUUAGAGCUCGCCAAGAAGUACUUGGUACCACUAUCAUUGGAGGAACAAUACCUAAACCAGAAGAUGCUCCAGAAUCUUUUCGAUUACUUGUUCGAGAACUACGAUCUUUGGCUCUGGAACUGAAUCAUUUCCUUGUAUCUGAGAAGAAUUUCCAGAUUAAUAGGAAGGAAGUUUAAUCGGAAUGAAUCACAAAAUUUCUUAUAUGAUCGAUCGGUAUAAACAUCAACAACUCCGAAUUGGAUUAGUUUCUCCUCAGCAAAUAAGUGCUUGGGCCACUAAAAAAAUACCUAAUGGAGAGAUAGUUGGAGAGGUGACAAAACCCUAUACUUUUCAUUACAAAACCAAUAAACCGGAAAAAGAUGGAUUAUUUUGUGAAAGGAUUUUUGGGCCUAUAAAGAGUGGAAUUUGCGCUUGUGGAAAUUAUCGAGUGAUCGGAGAUGAAAAAGAAGACUCGCAAUUUUGUGAACAAUGUGGAGUUGAAUUUGUUGAUUCUCGGAUACGAAGAUAUCAAAUGGGAUACAUAAAACUGACAUGUCCUGUAACUCAUGUAUGGUAUUUGAAACGUCUUCCUAGUUAUAUUGCGAAUCUUUUAGAUAAACCUCUUAAAGAAUUAGAAGGUCUAGUAUACUGCGAUGUGUGAUUUGAUCGAAAUUUUUAUUUUUAAGAAUGAUAAACUCUCAUCCCCUUCAAUCAAUUUGGGAUGCCCUCGAUCUGACAUGUCUCUUGAAAAGAGUAACAUGAAGCUCAGACUUGUGGGUGUAUUCAAUACUCCCAAAUAACAAGGGCGAUUGGUCUAUGGUCGAUUCAGUAAAAAAAAAGUACUUCAAAUUGAUAGUCGUACCUCGUGAAAAGAAGACCUUUUUUUUGUCGAAUUAAGCAUUCCCUUAUCUUUCUAAACGAAAAGAAAUUUGGUUUUUUAUAUUGAAGUAAACAAAUAUGUCAUGGUUGGAGAAGUCUAUACAUCGCAUAUAAGCUUUAAGAAUAUUGUGGCAUAACCAUCGAGGUAACGCAGGACCUAAAAGAUCGAAUGGAACAAUACAUAGACAAAUAAAUCCCGUAUGAAUUCUAAGGCAUUCCUUUCACUUAAGGUAAAAAGUAUUCCGGCAUUCGAAGGGAAGUAGACUACUCAAGAAUUUGACAUUUUUUUCUGUCGUAAUUUUGAAUUCACUAAAGAAUCUAAAUAGAAAUCAAAGAAGAAUUAAUUGAAUCAAUGAAAUGGUGGUUGGUUUGCACUGAGAACUUGAGUAAGGCGUAGAUUCUUUUUGGGUUUUCACUUGAUUUUAUAAAAUACAAUUGGAAAGUGCGACCCCUUUCUUUAUCUUUAUUUGAUAUAACUACUUGAGCCGGAUGAGAGGAAACUUUCAUGUCCGGUUUUGAGGGGGGGAGAUCAUAUAGUGGACCCUAUCCCAAUUUUUCUUUUGCUAGGCCCAUAACGAAAAAACCUACUUUCUUACGAUUACGAGGUUCAUUUGAAUAUGAAAUUCAAUCCUGGAAAUACAGCAUCCCACUUUUUUUUACUACUCAAGGUUUCGAUAUAUUUAGAAAUCGAGAAAUUUCUACUGGGGCGGGUGCUAUCCGAGAACAAUUAGCCGAUUUAGAUUUGCGAAUUAUUAUAGAAAAUUCGUUGGUAGAAUGGAAACAAUUAGGAGAAGAAGGUCCCACGGGGAAUGAAUGGGAAGAUCGAAAAAUUGUAAGAAGAAAAGAUUUUUUAGUUAGACGUAUGGAAUUAGCUAAGCAUUUUAUUCGAACAAAUAUAGAACCGGAAUGGAUGAUUUUAUGUCUCUUACCGGUUCUGCCUCCCGAGUUGAGACCCAUCAUUCAGAUAGAAGGGGGUAAACUGAUGAGUUCAGAUAUUAAUGAACUCUAUAGAAGAGUUAUCUAUCGGAACAAUACUCUUACUGAUCUAUUAACAACAAGUAGAUCUACACCAGGGGAAUUAGUAAUGUGUCAGGAAAAAUUGGUACAAGAAGCCGUGGAUACACUUCUUGAUAAUGGAAUCCGUGGACAACCCAUGAGGGAUGGUCAUAAUAAGGUUUACAAGUCAUUUUCAGAUGUAAUUGAAGGAAAAGAGGGAAGAUUUCGCGAGACUCUGCUUGGCAAACGGGUCGAUUAUUCGGGGCGUUCGGUGAUUGUCGUUGGACCCUCACUUUCAUUACAUCGCUGUGGAUUGCCUCGCGAAAUAGCAAUAGAGCUCUUCCAGACAUUUGUAAUUCGUGGUCUAAUUAGACAACAUCUGGCUUCGAACAUAGGAGUUGCUAAGAGUCAAAUUCGUGAAAAAAAGCCGAUUGUCUGGGAAAUCCUUCAAGAAGUUAUGCAGGGGCAUCCCGUAUUACUGAAUAGAGCACCUACUCUACAUAGAUUAGGCAUACAGUCAUUCCAACCCAUUUUAGUGGAAGGACGCACUAUUUGUUUACAUCCAUUAGUUUGUAAGGGGUUCAAUGCAGACUUUGAUGGGGAUCAAAUGGCUGUUCAUGUGCCUUUAUCUUUAGAAGCUCAAGCAGAGGCUCGUUUACUUAUGUUUUCUCAUAUGAAUCUCUUAUCUCCAGCUAUUGGAGAUCCCAUUUCUGUACCGACUCAAGAUAUGCUGAUUGGACUCUAUGUAUUAACGAGCGGCACUCGUCGAGGUAUUUGUGCAAACAGAUAUAAUCCAUGUAAUCGAAAAAACUAUCAAAAUGAAAGAAUUUACGAAACAAACUAUAAGUAUAUGAAAGAACCCUUUUUUGCAAUUCCUAUGAUGCAAUUGGAGCUUAUCGGCAGAAAAGAAUCAAUUUAGAUAGUCCUUUGUGGCUUCGGUGGCAAUUAGAUCAACGCGUUAUUGCUUCAAAAGAAGUUCCUAUCGAAGUUCACUAUGAAUCUUUUGGUAACUAUCAUGAGAUUUAUGCACACUAUCUGAUAGUAAGAAGUGUAAAAAAACAAACUUUUUGUAUAUAUAUUCGAACCACAGUUGGUCAUAUUUCUUUUUAUCGAGAAAUCGAGGAAGCUAUACAAGGUUUUUCUCAAGCUUGUUCAUAUGAUACCUAAUAAUAUGGUAUUCAUAAAAAAAGAAUUAUAGGACACCCGUGUGAAUUCGGACCUCUCCGAGUCAACUCGGACAUAGUUCCUGACCUAAAAAAUCAAGAUCGAGAAAAGGAAGUUUUGCAAUCAUUGACUCAAACUCAUUGUCGAAUCCCAUUCAGCAGAAUAUGGAGGUACUUAUGGCGGAACGGGCCAAUCUGGUAUUUCACAAUAAAGUGAUAGAUGGAACUGCUAUUAAACGACUUAUUAGCCGAUUAAUAGAUCACUUCGGGAUGGCAUAUACAUCACACAUCCUAGA